AUUCCGCUUCUGUUGCAACAGAGUAUUCCCUGAAAUUUGAUGAGUCCAUGACAGAGGAUGAGAUUGAAGAAAAGUCUUUUCGGUCUUUGCUGCCCUCUGAAAGUCAUCGCAGAAAUAACUUGGAGAAGAAACGGGGUAGUCGUGAUGAUUCUGAUGAGGAACUCUCCCCAGAAAAAACAGCUCUGUCAUCUAUCAAGGAGCUAAGCAUGCCAUUCUCAGGGGGGCAAGAUAGUUUCUCUAAAUUUACCAUGGAGAUGGUAAGACAGUACAUGAAAGAAGAGGAGAUGCGAGCAGCUCAUCAGUCCUCACUGCUUCGGCUCCGGGAGAAGGCUCUGAAAGAGAAGACCAAGGCUGAAUUAGCUUGGCUGGAACACCAGAAGAAGCAUUUGCGAGACAAGGGAGAGGAUGAUAAGAUGCCUCCUAUUCGAAAAAGGCAGCGUGGUCUGCUGCUGAGAUUACAGCAGGAAAAGGCAGAAAUUAAGCGUCUGCAAGAGGCUAACAAGGCUGCUCGGAAGGAGAGGCAGUUGAUCCUUAAACAGCAGGCAGAAAUAGAACGAAUCCGUCAGACUACAAUGAAACUGCAGGAAAAACUAAAGUCUGCAGGAGAAAACAAGCUGGAACUUCACAGUGACGAUGACAUCAAGCAGAGCAAUGGUUCUAGCCCACUUCCGACUGAUGCAGAAACACGCAGCCCUUCCCCAAUCUCAAUCUCCAGCAGUGAGACUAGUAGCAUUAUGCAAAAACUUAAAAAAAUGCGCAGCAGAAUGGAUGAAAAACACUGCUCUCCUGUUCACUACUUCUUCUCUGUCUUUACGUCUCACCACUGGGCUUCUCUCAGUGUCUGUUUUCCCAACCUCCACCCCAAAUUCCAGCUGUAUAUCUACAACCAAUUGGUCAGGUUCCUAACUAAGCGAGAACAGAAGCUGAUGCAGCGUCGACAACACGCUGAAGAAUUGUUGGAGUGGAAACGCCGCCUGGAUGCAGAGGAAGCAGAAAUACGGCGAAUAGAAAAGCAGGCUCUAGCUGCCUGGGACAAAGAGCUGCUGAAAACCAAAAUAGCCAAGAAAGACCUGGGGGAUCAGAGAACUGAGCCCAAAGAAACGGCUAGUGAAGAAGAGUCUCCAGUGCCUUCUUGCUCUCAUCUGAACAGUGAAAGUUCUAUCCCAGAAGAUCUUGGCAGUGUAGCUGCCGAGUCUGUCCCAUCAGAAACUAUGGGCCAUGGACAGCCAGAAAGCCCAGAUCAGAGUACAACUAAUGAAGAAAUGGUUUAUUCUGAAGAGUUCAAGUCCUCUACCUCACCUGGCAAACUGUCUUCCCCCAAAAGCAGCAUAUCUGUAUCAAAGCAAGAUUCCAGCAAAGGCAGCCAUAGAACUGGAGGACAGCUACGUUCACCUGUGAAGUCUCAUCAGGUCUCUCACAACUGGUCUGAUGAAUCUUUAUCUAUGACACAGUCAGAAACCACAUCUGAUCAAAGUGACAUUGAAGGACGGAUCAGGGCUCUGAAAGAUGAACUACGGAAAAGGAAGUCUGUGGUUUACCAGCUGAAAAAGGAACAGAAAAAGAGACAAAAGGAGAGACUGAAGGCCCAGGAAGCCAGUUUGAUCAAACAACUGGAGUCGUAUGAUGAGUUUAUCAAGAAGACAGAAGCAGAGCUGAGCCAAGACCUGGAGGCAUCACCUACAGCCAAACCUCAGAUUAAAACUCCAUCCUCAGCUACUGCUGAAAAACCUAAGAUCAAGGCACCACCACUCCACAGGCCUGAGACAGCUAAAAACUGGAAAUCACUGGCUGAAUCAGAGCGAUCCAGAGCAUCUUUGGAAUGCAUUUCAGAACAUGCAGAUGUUGUGUCAUCAAGAACUGAGAGAUCUGUGUCUGUGAACACCAAGAAGUUGUCUGUGACAGAUGUUCAUGCAGAAGAACCUUCUGGAACAUCUUCCUCGGUUUUAAUGUCACCAAGGAGUUCCAGAGCAGGAUCUGGUGAUUCCUUAGAUAAUGUACCCUCAUCAUCUCUUCUCAAAAACAUGAAAGAUGUUAGCAGGAUAUCCCAUGGGUCAUUGAACAAUGUGGUAAAUGCAUCCAAUGAUGAGGCUGCCUUAAGUCAUAAAUCUGAGAUACAGGAAGACUUGGAAUACAUAAAGUCUGAGGAAUAUGAGAUUGAAGGUUCUCAUGUUAAGCCUUUGGAGAGUUCUGAUGUCAUGUUGACAUUAGGUAAAGGACAGGAGAGCUCACUGGACAUCCUUCCAAAGAAAGUCCUCUGUUCCAAAAAUGAACAUUCUCAGAAGAAGCUCUUUGGUUUGGCUGUGGAAAGUCUUCAUGGUACGGAAGAAAUCUUAGAACAGAAACUGGUAGAUAAAGAUGCUGUAACUGGCCCAAAUGUAGAAGAGUCUUCUCGCAAACUGAGAAAAUUGGCAGAGGAAAAAGGUUAUUUGCUUUCAGAACAACUCUUUAGUCAAAAGGAGCCAUCGUUCCUUGAAGACUUUGAAGGAUCCUCUUCCAGAAAACAAGCAUCAAUUGAAGAAACACUUCCCGGGGAAUGUUACAAAGAUGACUUUGAAGCAUCUCUUCUCUCUCCUAUCGGGGAUGCCCAGUCACUGACAGAGCGGUCACAGCACACACAGACCAGCAGAAGCAGAUCCACCAGCCUUGGCAGUGAUGGCGAAAUCAGUGAAUACCUCAGUGAUAGGUCUUUCUCUCUCUCUGGCAGCAUGCAUUCGGAGAGGUUAUUAGAACUUAAGUCCCCAACAGAACUUAUAAAAAAUACUGAACGCAGAGAUGUGGAGCAAGAACAGGCCCCUGCCGAAUCACCGCUGUGGGCCUCUGUUUCAGUUGCAGAAGAAACAGAUAGUUUGCCAGAUUUCAACAUUGGUGAUAGAGUACUUGUGAGUAAAGUCCAACCUGGAACAUUGCGAUUCAAAGGCCUGACUAAGUUUGCCAAAGGGUUUUGGGCUGGCGUGGAGUUGGAUAAACCUGAAGGGAACAAUAAUGGAACUUACGAUGGUAUUAAAUAUUUUGCUUGCAAAGAAAAGCAUGGUAUUUUUGCUCCUCCUCAAAAAAUCUCUCACAUUACAGAAAGUAUUGAUAGCCAUUUAGACACAAAUAAGGAUGAAGACUCAUUCUUCGAUGAUAGACUGGAGAAGCAAUACAAAGCUGAGCAGAAAGACAGAGGAGGUUCCAAACCUGGCAAAGAGGAUGAAAGCCAGAGCAGAGAUGCAACAGAGAACUAUUCCCAGGAUAAAGCUCCUGCAGACACAGCUGUUUCAGAAGCCUCAGCAGAGGAAAGGGUUGAUGAGGAGUUGUCUUCUAAAGCAACCAGCAUAAAGGAGAUCUCUGUAGCUACUGAAUCACUUGCCCAAGAACAAUCAGUGGUGGAUUAUCUGAAGCAUGCUGUAAAACAGGAAGCCAGCCUUGCUCCUCUCAGUUCUGGUGUUGUGGAUGAGAUUUCCACUGUUCAGUUGGAUGACAUCUCGGAUUUUCUUUCUGAAAAACUGGAGAGGCAGAAGACACUGGGGGAAGAAUGUGCUGAAAAGUUAGAUGAUCUCUCUCCCGGAGUUGUGGAGAAGCCUGCAACUCCACUUUUGGAUUUGCUGACAAAAGAAAAGAACCAGUUAGAAGCCCAGCUUAGACUACCACUUAAAGAGGAAGGAAAGUCAAAAGACCAGCUGGAACAGGUCAGUUUGCUGACAGACAGUCUCCUUAGAGAUUUUGUGAAAGACACAGUCAAUCAGUUACAGCAAAUAAGGAAAGUCAGGAAUGAGAAAAUCCAGCUCAGCAACCAGGAGCUCUGUGAUGUGAAGGAGGAAUCUGGUACCCCAUCCCAGCAGAUUCCCGAUGGACUGAAUAAUUUUUUUCUAAGUUCUGAUUUGGAAGAUGAAAGAGAAGAACUUUCCUCUCCAGACAUGUGUCCCAGACCAGAGAGUCCAGUAUUUGGUGCCAGUGGUCAGGAAGAGCUUGCCAAGAGACUGGCAGAACUGGAGCUCAAUCAGGAGUUCCUGAGUGUGCUGGGAGAUGAUCAAGACUGGUUUGAUGAGGACUAUGGCCUGAGCUCCCGUAAGGUCCAGCAAAAGCAAGCUGAGGAACCAGCAGUGCUGCCCAAGGUAGACCCGCAGAAAAUGCCAACAAAGCCAUGUGAGGAGCCUUUGGCGGUCCCUCAUACAGCAGUGGAGGUGGAAGGUAUGGUGCAUGCAGCUGCUGAGGAACUCUGGAAACUGAAAGAGCUGGGUCACGAUCUUCAAAGUUUCAGCCUUCAUACAAAUCUUAGUAGUACCCUCAAAGAGCAGGACACAGACACGAUAAACAAGCAGGUUUAUAAAAAGGUGGUAUUUGAUUUAACAAAAGAGAUCUUUGGGGAAAUCUUUGCCGAGGACCCUAACCUAAAUCAGCCUAUUUGGAUGAAACCAUGUAGGAUCGCAUCUGCUUACUUUCGCCGAGUAAAAGAUCCAAAUGACCUGGAUGAAAUCAAGAGCUUCAUUGCAGCUGAAGUACUGAAGUUGUUCAGCCUGAGGAAGGAGCCUAAUCACAAAACAGACUGGCAGAAGAUGAUGAAAUUUGGGCGGAAGAAACGAGACCGUGUGGAUCAUAUACUG